GGUCACUCGAAAAUCGUCACUAUGAUGUGAAGUAUGAUUAUUCGGCCCGAAUUCCUGAAACUACUCACAAAAAUUAAGAAAUGCUUUCCAAAUUGCUUCCAAUUCUGAUUCUGCAAGGUGGCCGAAGAACGUAUUCCUUGUGCUCGAGAGAUUACACCAUCCCCACAAGUAACCACACCCUAACUGGUCAAAUUUUAAAGGUUCCAAACCUAAAUUCGCAGGAAAGAUGUUUUGGUACGCACAUUGUUGUCCGGCAUAAGAGAGGUCGGUUCUACACCGACAUUGGCGAGCUCCGGGCUGUAUUGGUAUACUCCAUCAGGGACGGUGUGAUGACCAUCAACAGCACCAACGUCCCGGAGGAACUGGGCGGACAUGGCAUUGGGAAGCUACUGGCCAAGUCGGCACUGGACUACGCACUGUUGAAUGGGCACUUCAUUAUUAUAAGGUGUCGGUUUGUCCAGCACUACAUCGACAAGUAUGAGCCGCAAUACGCCAAGUACAUAUUAAAUUAGGGAACCGAAAACAAAACUUCAAAAUUGUCGACACAAUCAAACUGAACACAAAUAAAUCCCCCCACUAUGCACAUAGACACCAUACAUAUAAACGUAUAUUUGCGUUCAGAUUUGUUGAAUUCCUUCGGUUUUUGAAAAAUUACAUGAAAAUAAUUUGAAUUGGCUUAUUUUUAAAUUAUUUCAAAAUUUCUAAACCGAAAGGUAACAGAUUAUAUUUAAUGACGAAAUUACGGUUUCUUAUAUAAGCUAUUUUGUUAUGCUUCUAAAAACAAAUGUUUUAUUACCUCUUUAAAAUAUGUAAACUAGUUUUCACAAUAUAUUUUAAAAAAUUGUUAAUUUCCAU